CUACUUUUAUAUAUUCCCAAAAACCAUUCAGCUUCUUCCACUUCUUCAUCUCUUUCUCCAUCCCUCUAUCUUUUUUUUUUUCUCUCUACUCAGAUAUUCAAAAUCCUAAAAGAUUAUUUAGAGAGAAUGACUAAAAUCUCAGUUGGAUUGCAGCUUGUGACAAGAGAUUCAAAGGAGAAAGUUAGGAACAUAGUGAUCAAAUCUUCACUGAGACUAAACCGAUCCAAUCCAAAUAUCUCGGAGCUUUGUUUCCUCAAAACAUGUCAUCUCUGCAUGAAACACCUCCUCCAAGACAAAGAUGUCUACAUGUACAGAGGAGAUUUGGGAUUUUGUAGCAAAGAGUGCAGAGAAAGUCAGAUUUUGAUUGAUGAUAGAAAAGAAUUAGAGGCUUCGACGAAGAUGAUGUUGGCUUCUUACAGACGCUGUAACUCCGGCGCUGGGAAAAGCGAGUCUCGGAAUCUGUUUAAUGAUCUCCGGCCACGACGCCAAUUAUUUAUUGUCCCUUGAGGCCGCUCGAAGUAAUCACUAAUUAUAGUUUUGUUUUUGGUUAAAACGCCUUAUUCAGUUAUUAGUAAAAGAAAGAGAUAUGUUGAUUUGAUUGUAUCUCCGUUGUCACUUUAUAAAAUUAAAUGUUAAUUGGAUUUGUUUA